AUGACCGUUCGCACGCUGGCAAUCAGAUUCACGGAUUUGGCUUUGAUGCUGGAGUCAUCGUGUGCGGAACCGAAGCCGGGAUCGGACUGGGUACGGCCCCAGCCAACUGGGAAAGGGAGAAUCCUAAGAGGAGUGGGUGUUACCGUAGAGAAGCUUUCCGAACAUGAAGAAGAUCAUUUUGUAUGGGAUUCUAUCGAGAACACAUUUGGGAUUCAAAGUCCUAGGAGGUCUUUUAACGUGUUGUUGUGUGAAGUAGGUGGUGAGUAUGGUAUUCAAGGAGUCCCAUUCCUCAUCUCCGUCCACCUUGUUCUCUCGCCCUACACCAAGGUGGAAGAAUCCUUCAACAUCCAGGCCGUCCACGACAUUCUAAGAUACGGGAUUCCAUCGAAGAACAUUCCAAAGGAAUUGCGCGAAAACUAUGACCACUUUACGUUUCCUGGUGCCGUGCCGCGGACCUUUGUGGGAGCUCUGCUGCUUGCGGGCGUCGCGAGACCGUUGAUAUGGAUAAAUGCAAAACUACAGAGCCAAUUGUUGGUGAGAGGAAUUUUGGGCGCAUUCAAUGCUGUUGCUUUGAUGUUUUAUGCCCGCGCUGUGAGACGGGCUUUUGGCAAGGAGGCUGGGGUGUGGUAUAUCUUGCUCCAGGCAAGCCAAUUCCAUGUGAUAUACUAUGCUUCUCGGACACUUCCGAAUAUGUUCGCGUUUGGGAUUAUGUUUCGAUCAGAAAUAGCCUUGUUACUGGGCACCAUCACCGUCUAUCACUGGCUACAAGGCAACAUCAGUAUCCGGCGGGAGAUCGUCCCCGCCGGCGUAUCUGGCGUUUUGAUUGCACUGCUGGUUUCAGUACCCAUUGAUUCAUUUUUUUGGCAAAGAUUCCCGCUCUGGCCUGAACUUUCAGCGUUUUUCUAUAAUGUUGUGUCCGGAAAGGCAUCGGACUGGGGCGUUCAUCCAUGGCACUUCUACUUGACCAGCGCCAUUCCUCGUCUCCUGCUUAACCCCCUCGCCUACAUAGUCGCCAUUCCCAUGUCAUUUGUUCCAGCGAGGCGACAUGCUGCGCUCUCCCUUCUCACUCCAUCUCUCGCCUUCAUCGCCCUGAUAAAAAAUCCUCAUGGUACCGACUCAUGUCAAUCGCUCUUGUCCUCUCUACCAUAG